CUCAGCUUCAUUUGCAGAAGCUUCACUCCAGCAUCUCAGGGUCCAUGUCCCGAUUUGCGACCGACGAAGCGAAUAGUGAUUGUUGCCAAGUGCAGACUGGUCCUGUACAUUCUUUUACCAGCGAAACCUUUUGAAAAAAUCCAAUUCGGCCAAGUUGCCGAGUGGACCAUCGUGCCGCUCUCGUUUCCCUGAUAUCACAUUCCCACCCAGCAUCAUGUCAAAAGCGGCAUGUCGCGCUCUUCUGGGCGCGGCGAGGCGUCAAACAGCCGUCAACGCGGCCCCGGAAUGUGUAAAGUGUCAACUCGACCUCACCGUCAGCCACCAGACGAGGGCAUCGUCGUCCAACUCGCGUUGGAAGAUGAGGCAGGGCAAGGACAUGUUUGCGCGCGAGGCCAAGGUGCAGGGGCUCAAAAGCCGCGCUGCGUUCAAGCUUCUUGAGAUGGACGCCAAGUACAGAAUUUUCCGCAAGGGGCAGACGGUCGUGGACCUGGGAUACGCCCCGGGAAGUUGGUCACAGGUGGCCGCCGAACGGACGAAGCCCAACGGCCGGAUCCUGGGCAUCGACAUCAUCCCCGCGCAGCCGCCCAAGGGCGUCUCGACGAUCCAGGGCAACUUCCUCUCGCCUGACGUCCAGGACAUGGUCAAGGAGCACCUCUCCAGGGCCAAGAGCCAAAGACCGAGCCCGCCGCAGCUGUCAGAGGACGAGCAAUACGACGAAUCCCCCGCCAAAGAUGACGGUGAGGCUUCUGCGAUGAUGGAGGACAAGCCAAGCUACAUCGACAUGGAGAGGGCAGCAUCGUCCGAGGCUGCGGCCACGGAGGCGUCUCCAAGCGCCAUGGACAUGGCGGAAACCAAGAAGGGGCGUUUGGUAGAUAUUGUGUUGAGUGACAUGAUGAUGAACACGAGCGGAGUGGCGUUUCGAGACCACGCCGGGAGCAUGGACCUCUGCGGCGCCGCGCUCCAGUUCGCCAACGACACGCUCAAGAACGGCGGGCACUUUGUGUGCAAGUUCUACCAGGGCUCUGAGGACAAGGCCUUUGAGAAGAGGCUCAAGGUCCUCUUCGCCAAGGUCUUUCGGGAGAAGCCCGAGUCGUCGCGCAGUGACUCGAAAGAGGCGUACUUUGUGGCGCUCAGGAGGAGGGGAAACGUACAGUUGGGGAAGGACGAAGACUUGUAAUGCACGGGAAGAAUAGGAACGAAUCCUAACCCACCAGAUCAAAACACGAGGAAAUCAUUGGCAUGAAUCACGUUACACAACUAUGCACGCGUCACAA